UAUGUGAUUGAUGCCUGUGGAAUAGAUUUGAAAUCAUAGAUUACAAAAUGGGAUAUCAAAAUAGAGGGAAUGGUAUAUUCAGCCCAAGAGUGGUGAAAAUGGCAAUGGGGGUUCUUGGGAUGUGUGUCAUUGUGGGUCCCCCUCUUUAUUGGCAUUUUCUAGAAGGCUUUGGCUUUUCCACUCACUCAUCAUCUUCUUGCCCUCCAUGCCUUUGUCAUUGCUCUUCUUCUUACCCUUUUCUCUCCCUUUCUCAAGGAUUAAAUCAGUCAUUCACAGAUUGCAUGAAGCAUGAUCCAGAAGUGAGUAAAGAUACGGAGAAGCACUUGGCAGAACUUGUAGCAGAUGAACUAAAGCAAAAAGAGAGUGAGGCCUUAGAAACCCAACAAAGAUCAGAAAUGGCAUUGGUUGAAGCAAAGAAGAUAGCUUCCCAAUAUCAAAAAGAAGCAGAUAAAUGUAAUUCAGGUAUGGAAACUUGUGAGGAAGCAAGAGAAAGAGCUGAGGAAGCUUUAGAUGCACAGAGAAAAAUUACCUUCAUGUGGGAACAAAGGGCGCGCCUUAAAGGAUGGAACCAAACUGUUGCAAGAAAAUUUUAAUUCUUCCGAUUUUUACCCAAAAAAAAAAAGAAAAGAAAAAAAGAGAGGAUGUAGGUCACAAUUUAGAGAUUUGAUACUUAAUAUUGCAAUCUAUUGUAAUAAUUGUUGAGCAAUUUCUUCUUUUGUUGGACUCAAAC